GCGGGACCACUUUUUGACAUUGUCGUCUUUGUCGCGGGAUAAUGCAUACAGACGGUAUUUCUCUCUGUUCAUGAUUACCUGGAUCUUUGGGGUCUUGACAUACUUCGUGUUUGCUUCCCUCUCCUACUUCUUCAUAUUCGACCACGACACGCUCAAACUCCUCAAAUACCUCAAAAACCAUGUCUAGCUCGAAAUCUUCCCCCUCCACAAAAUCUCCUACGUCGCCUCUUCACCUUCAUCAACAUCUGGACGAUCCUAAUUCACGACGGCGAAUUCAUCGCCAACAACCCUCUCAUCAAUGGUACCGCCUGCCACACCAUCCACCACCUCUACUUCAACCGCAACUAUGGACAGUUCACGACGUUGUGGGAUGGGUUGGGUGAGCCUGAGCAGGAGUUAUUUGAGAAGGAGAAGAAGAAGAGUGUGGAGACGUGGAAGAAAGAGGUCAAAGAGAUGGAGAAGGUGCAGAUGGAGGUUGAGGGGGAUGCGGAUGAUUGCCAAUACCUCUCUGAGGCUCAGGCGAAGAAGUCCAUCUAAAGGCUCCCCUCCUUCUUACUCAGGACUUGAAGUUAUUUAGACGCGUUCACUCAACCUAUUUGAUUCAUAAUUUGUUAUCACUCUAUCAGAUGGAAUGUUUACCCCCUUAGCAACGCGCAAUGCUAGAAC